AGAGGCAACCCAGGAGCCCCUUGGACCACUAGGCUGGGCCAAGAGGAAGAGGAGGAGGAGGAAGAAAGAAGAGGAGAAGGAGGAGUCCCUGCGUAAAGGCUGCGCGCCCUGCCCUCCUCCUCCUGCUGCCCAGCCCUCCAUCUCUGCUGCUGCUAUGGAUGCUCCACGCUGGAGACCCUCUCCAAGGCUGCUCCUGCUGCUCCUGCUGGUCGCGCUGAGUGACGCAAGGGAGGUCCACCUGCCCUCGGGGCCCUUGUUCCGCGUGGAGAACACUGCCAUCCGCAUCCCCUGCAACGUCUCUGAGUACGAGGGUCCCACCCUGCAGCAGUUUGAGUGGUUCCUCUACCGCCCCUCGGCUCCAGACAUCGCCAUCGGCAUCAUCAGCACCAAAGACCCCAAGUUCCCGUAUGCCGUCUUUGGGCCCCGGGUGCAAGCUGGGAAUGUCACCAUCCACCGGGUGCGAGGGGACGCCGUGGAGCUGCAGAUCAGGGACCUGCGCAUGGAGGACACGGGCGUCUAUGAGUGCUACACUCCCACCACCGACUCCAAGUACCAUGGCACCUACAGCGGCAAAGUGGAGCUCAGAGUUGUCCCUAACAAGCUCUCAGUGUCCGCGGCUGGGUCUCCAUCCCUCACGAAGCCCCCCUUCCAGAGCCGUGGGGCCACCACCGCUGCCUCCCUGCCGCAGGUGACCCUCCUGGAGAGCCAAGACCUUCAACUGACCUGUGUGGUGACAAGUGAGACCCAACAACACACCCACCUCUCCGUUUCUUUUGGGUUUUCCACCUCCACGGAUCUCCGGACUUGGCAGCAGGUGAUUGGAGUCCAACGAGAUUUUGCCGUGGAGCCCGGGGGGCGUUUUGCUGAGCGGCACAGGACCCGGGAGCUUUCGCUGGACAAGCUGGGCAAUCGCCAGUACCGGAUGGCGUUGGGCUGGCUGAGGCCAGAGGACGCUGGGGUGUACCAUUGUACGGCUGGAGAGUGGAUCCAGGAUCCUGACGGCAGCUGGACGCAGAUCACCGAGAAGCGGGUGGCGCUGGCACAGGUCACUGUCCAGACCAUAGCUAGCCAGCUGGCUGUGUCUGCAAGCCCUCCAAGAGUCGGGAUCAGCUCUGGAGAAGCCUUGGAGCUCCUUUGCAACAUCUCAGGAGUGGAGGCCCUCCUUUCUCCUCAUGCGGCCUUCUCAGUAGACUGGCAGCUGGGAAAGGGACCCACAGAGGAAGGGCGUCUUGUGGCCCGACUGAGCGUGGAUGGAGCGGUUGUCUUGGGCGAGAGCUACACCAACUACAACGUGGGCAACCGGCAUGUGUCCCUGCAGAAACUAGAGUCUCCCGUUGGCUUCUACCAGCUGCGAAUCGAGGCAGCCCAACCUGGGGAUGUGGGCAUGUAUCAGUGUGUGGUGCGGGCAUUUGUACGUUCCCCUAUGUCAGAGCUGCGCGAAGUGGCCAGUGGCAGGUCUGAGGCAUUGACAGUGGACAUGAAAACAGAAGCGGUGGUCCUCGAAGCCACGGCCUGGAUGCCCUAUCCCACCAUCUACCGAGGGGACACGGCUGAGGUCCAGUGCAACGUUUCGGUGGACUCCAUCCAGCCGGUCCACCUGGCGCUCAGCUGGUGGGUGGAGCAGCCUGAAGAGGAUUCGGGGCCACGCAGUGCCAUGAUAGCCGCAGUGAACCGUGAAGGGGUGGCCGACCUUGGGACCCGGCUGUCCGGCGGCGCUGUGAGCGUGGACAAAGCUGGCCCACUCAGCCACCGCCUUCGCCUCUAUGGAGUGCAGCCGUCGGAUGAGGGGAAGUACCACUGCGCUGUGACUGCCUGGGUGCGCUACCCGGACCAGAGUUGGUACAAAGCUGGGUCUGUGAAGUCCAACGUCGUCACCGUGUAUCCGUAUGUGCUGCCCAUGGACACCUUGUUCAUCCCACUGCUGGCCGGCAUCUCCAGUGCCCUCUUCAUGGGGGUCACCGUCCUUGUGACUGUCACCUGCUGCUUCAUGAAGAGGCUCCGGAAGAGGUGAAGGCUGCCAGCCAGGAAAGAGGCUCUUUGUCCAUCUUUGCUUCACUGCCUGCCCUGUUUGGUCGUUGUGAUGAGUCUCACCAUUUCUCCGUACUCAAACAACUGAGGGAGGAAACCUUCUUAAGCUCUUCCAUCUUGCAUUGGAUCACUAAUUGUGGACUGGACACACGGUUGCAGCAUGGGACACUGUUUCUCUCUCUGUCUCUCAUCCUGAACAGCUCCUUGGAUGGACACCUCUUGCAUCCAACCCAGAUUACUCUUCCUUUCCCUGUUGUGUUUCUGCACCGAAGCAGGACCUUCUCUUUUCCAGUUGACAUGCAUGUCUGUCUGUGCAUGCAGCAAGGGAAGAAGAAGAGGAGAAGGCUACUUCCAUCCAUCCAUGACUUGGGACCUUUUUGGAAGCGGUCCCUUUCCAUCCCAGCUUCUGGUCUCGACUUCCAGUUUCCUGCCUCCAUGGCCUGCUCUGAACAGACCCUUCUCGCCCAAUUUCAGAAAAUAAGCAGGAUCGGACGGGAUGCCACCAGGGAAUUGUAGGGUUCUCUGCAGAUGAAGGGAAAGGAUCCAGAAAGAAAUCCUGGAGAUCAUUAAGGAUCUGGACAUUAAGGACCUGACUUUACAUUAAGGAUGUCAAGGUUUCUUGGCUUGACCAGUGGCCCAGCAGUAUCUCCAGGGAAGGAAAAAGAGAAGACUCUUGCCUGGGCCCCAGUGCUCCCAGUCAGUUGGCAGCACUGGGGUAAAAUGCAAGGGUGACUUCCCAUGUUCCCUAAGUUGGAGAGCCAAAACCUCCCUCCUCUUUUGUCUCUCUUAGGGCAGGGCAGUGUGUGCUUUUGUGUGUGUGUGUCUGAUGGAGGCUCCUGAUCCGGAAGCCAGCGGUCAGUGCUCUUGUUCACCAGUGACAUUGUUCUGUAAGCUUUAGCCACAUCCCAACUGGAGCUGCUUUUCCUUGACCAGAAAGCUCAGGAGAACAAUCGUAAAACGAACGCACAAUUCUGGGAAAGCAAACCAGGAGGAGGCAUUAAGGACCCAAGGUCCUAAUUUGCAGGAGUGGGAAAUAACAUAGGGAGGGAGGGGUUGGAUCAUUUGCUGGUGCCAAAUGGGUGAGAGGGACCACAGACCCUUCUGGCCUGUGAUGUGGGUCAGUUUGCAGGGAUUUUGAUUUCAGUCUUGUGUCUCAGAGGAGAUAAUAUUUUUCUGCUCCACUUUAAUAAGCCUUGCAGAGCUUGGAAAAAGUUCCUUUUCCCCCCAAAUCAAGCACAACACUUUCAGUCUUUCGGGACGAGCGUUUCAGCAGCUGGGACUUGGACCGAACAGCCACUGGCAUCUGGGCCCCUGAAGGAAGCUUUCCUGAUCAUCCGGGGAAACCUGCCCCCUAUUUCUGCCCCACAACUGCAUCUCAGGAGUCUUGUUACUGAAGCACCUGUCCUGGGAGAUCCGGCGUUUGACAGAUUUAUGGAGAGCCUCAGGAAUCCAGGCUGAUCCGAGGGAAGAAUCUACCCAGAGGCUGAGAUGCUAUUUUCUGGCAGCUCGCAUUUUAUUUUUAGAUCUGUUUCUGACGUUGAACUCAGCUGGGGAGAGAAGGGAGGGAAAAGGGGGGUGGAAGCCAGGCAAGCUGGGUGUGUGGGGAGGGAUGUCACUGCCAUAUACUGACACGGAUCCCAUGUGGCAGCCUGUCUUGGCUCGCCUGUGGCAGGACACAUCAUCCCCAGAGCCGGCUUGCAGUCAGACUUGUGGAGGAUGAAGGACGCGUGUGUUGUGUGUCUGUGUGUGUUUCGGAGGGAGGGGGCAUUGCCGGUCUGUGAGCAGCAGUCGAAAGGAUGCAAAUUUCCUUGAGACAUCUCAAGUUUAAAUAAUUUUGAUGCGACAAAAUGUAUUUCGAUUAAAAAAACAU